AUUGACAAUAGUAGGAGUAACUCCUCUACCUUAUAAAGUGGAACCAACUCUCAUCUUUCUCCAAUGUGGGACACUCACAAGUGGAAUACAAUGGGUUUCAACAACUACAAAAUAGAAAAUACUCCUUAAUAUUUUUCAUUUUAUAAAAAAAAUUAUGUAUAUAAUCUGAAUUUGACACAAUAAAAAAAAUAAAUAAAUAAAGGAAUAGAGGGGAUAAUUGUAUAUACUACUCCGUACCUUAUUAACAUUGACAUUAUUUACUUGUGAUAUUUCGAACUAUAUCUCUACUAAAUAUGUAAACCUUUUUUUUUUUUUUUGUUUUUUUUUUAAAUGUAAUUAUGUAAGUUAUUAUUGAAUUUGUCAAUGGAUAUACCAAUUUUACACGAGUAUUAUUUAUUACUUUAAAUAAUUAAAUAAGUGUAUAGAGUAUAUAUAUACUGUAUACUGACGAGUCAUGCUUUCUUGAUUAAGGACUUAUUCUUAUUGCAGACCAUUUGAAAGGAAUCUAAUAAUUAAUUACGGAGGAAAAGACGGAAGACAAAUUAUCAUUCUACGUCAACUAUGUAGUGUAGUUUCCAUGAACUGUAAUGUAAUUUGUAAAACGUACAGAUUGGUUAAGAAAAAUGUUUACUUUUCAUAUUAAUAAAUGCCUACCUCUAUAACUAUAUAAGAUAGACACAUUAAUACCAUUUUGUGCAUCCAACUUCACAAUUAACAUUUAUUAUCUCACAACAUAUAUAUACUAUACACCUUCUCUCACAAUCUUAACUUCUUAAUGGCUUUCGCAAACCAACCUUUCCAAUUCUUAUGCUUAGCCUUAGUCCUUAUCUUGGGGUUUUGUGCUAACCAAGUCUUGGCUCGUCCUCUUGACCAUCACAAAGCUUUGUCUCUAAGAGAGAGGCAUGAGCUUUGGAUGGCUCGACAUGGGCGAGUCUACAAGGAUGUGAUAGAGAAGGAGAAGCGUUUCAACAUAUUCAAAAAGAAUGUUGAACGUAUAGAAAAUUUCAAUGCUAAUGCAUCAUCAAUUAAACUAUACACAUUAGGUACUAAUGCCUUUAGUGAUUUAACCACUGAGGAGUUUGUAGCAACCCACACUGGUUAUAAAAAGCGAUCUCAUUCCACAUUUGGUGGUUCGGUCACAACGAGGUUUAGGUAUGAAAACCUUACUGAUGCUGACAUCACGCCUUCAAUGGAUUGGAGAGAAUUUGGAGCUGUCACAGGGAUAAAGAACCAAGGGUCAUGUGGGUGUUGUUGGGCAUUCUCAGCAGUUGGGGCAAUAGAAGGGCUAAACCAAAUAAAAACAAGACAAUUAAUCUCACUUUCAGAGGAAGAACUUGUUGAUUGUGUACAACCACCAAACGGUUGUGCUGGCGCUGCAAUGCAAGCAGCUUUCGAAUUCAUCCGAAACAACCAAGGCAUAUCAAAAGAAGACGAUUACCCAUACACUGCAACCAACGGUGUUCCGAGUCAAUGCCAACCUAAAACAAGUGCUGUGUCAAUAAACGGGUUUGAAUCAAUUCCACCUAACGACGAGACUGCCCUGAUGAAAGCUGUUUCUAACCAGCCUGUCGCGGUUGGGCUUGAUGGUAGCGGGUUUGAUUUCUUACAAUACCAAAGCGGAGUCUUCCAUGGAGAGUGUGGUAAUGACAUUACUCAUGCUGUUACUGCUAUCGGGUAUGGCACUAGUACUGAUGGGAUCGAUUAUUGGUUGGUGAAGAACUCGUGGGGUGAAAGUUGGGGCGAAAAUGGUUAUAUGAGGAUUAUUCGAGGACAGAAUAAAUGUGGUCUCACAUUGGAUGCUUCUUAUCCAGUAUGAUUUACGUCAAAAGGAUGAUCUACUAGAUGCAUUUUACAAUUUUACAUCUCUUUAUAUGAGAUUACUUGAGUUUUGAUUGGUUACCUAGCUAUGGAGUAUUAAUUCUAUUAUGAUUGAAUGAGGCUAUGUUUUAAACUUUUUGUAAUGUUAUAUUACUUCAAAAGUCCUACUUCGGACAUUCAUUUAUUUUAUAUUUUCUUCAAGUUGUUAAGCAUGCAAUGUAUGCAUGGAUUGUUUGUGUGUUAAAAUUAUGUAUUUGGUUGAUUUCUAUAAAGAUUGAAUAUAGGAAAAAAUAGUACUUUCUCCGUUUUUUUAUUAUUGCACCAUAGAUAUUGACAUACUUUUUUCAGUUAGUGGGAAAACGGAAGAGGUAGAAGGGUAAAAUUACAAAGUUUUUCAUGUGAUGUAAACAUAAACUAAAGAAUCAAGUGGCAAAAGUAAGGACAUAUUGGGUAUUUGUAGUGUGAACAAGAUAUUUUGUUUUCUAAAAUGGAAAUAGUUCAAUAUUUGUGUGAAGACAUGAAAAAUAGUAAAGUGGCAGAAUUAGAGGAAUGUUCCCACGUUUUAGGGUAAGCUUUCAUUCAUUUUCCUUAAUCUCCAAGAAAGCAGGACAUCAGAAUAUAUAACAUGGUCCUCUGACCUUACAAAGCAAGACAAGUGUCACUAGAAUCAUCCUAGGAAUUACAAAACAAAAUAGCAACUAGAAAAAGACAAAAAGGACAACUAAUAAUGACAGCACACACACAGACCACUAUUAUCACCAUAUUACUACCCUUUAAUAC